AUGCCGGACCUGCGUCGUCAGGUGUUGGAGAGCGGCAAGACGAUCUCUCGCAAGGCCGCCUCGCGCGAAGGCUCGCGCCGCACAUCGCGCACCACCUCCGCCCAGAACUCUCGUCCUUCGUCGCGGCCAACUAGUCACUAUGGCUCAGAUGAAGAAGAUGCUGGUAAUUUAAGCGAUGAGACCACUGCCUUGAGUAUUGGCUCGUUGGAUGACCUCACCGAAGAUCCUGACCAGGAUACCAACAACUGGACCCAGGAACUUGGCGAUGUUAUUGCGGACAUUCUCGACCGCAAACGUAGCAGCAUUCUGAGUCGCGAGGAAGCCUACGCUGCAUUCUGCCGCCUGGCUAAGUCCCACUAUGUCGAGGAUCAGAUUCGCAGCCAGAUCUCCGACCUGCUGGCGGCCUUUUGCCGCAGUGUGAAGUAUGAGUCUAGCGUGCGCGAGACUACGCUUGCCCUGCGUGCACUGGAACUGCUGGCCAUCACGGCAUUCGACAACACCAUCUACGAGAAUGUGGAGUCGCUGCUCUCUCGCAGCAUCCGAGACUCCACCGCGACCUCUAUCAAAGCUGCCGCCAUUCAUUGUCUCGGUGUCUGCACCAUGUUUGGUGGUGCCGGUGAGGACGGCAUCCUUGAUCAAAUGACCUUCUUCCUCGACAUUGCUGCCUCCGAUGGUCAGUCAAUUGACGCUGCCGAUGACGCUAACAGUGUCACGGCCGCGCUGCAAGAAUGGGGCAUGCUCGCCACGGAGAUCGACGACUUCGAAGGCGAGAGUGAAGAAGCCGUGCAGAUUUUCAUGGAUCAGCUGGACAGUGGCGACUCGGCCGUGCAAAUCGCUGCGGGAGAGAACAUUGCGCUGCUCUACGAAAAGAGCUAUACCGAGCAAGAGGAUGACGAAGACGAAGAAGACGAAGAAGGCAACUCCAACGACGCCGACUCCGACGAGGAAUCUUUCCUGUCGCCCGGCGAGCGUUCCGGCCCCAAGCUCAUCAAGCGCUAUAAUGCUUACCACAACACUCACGAGCUUGAACAGCAACUACAGUCGUUGGCUACGAUCCACAACAAGCGCAUUAGCAAGCGCGACAAGAAGAGCUUGCACAGCAAUUUCGCCUCCAUCUUGACCACGGUCACCAAUCCGCGCCGCGGUCCCAUGUAUAACAGUGCCAUCGAUCACGACACCAACCGUCGUUACGGCAGCAAACUGACUGUCAAGGUUGGCAGUCAAGGUGUCAUGAACAUCGACAGGUGGUGGAAGUGGAUCCGGUUGAAUUCGCUCCGUCGCAUUUUGCAGGGUGGCUUCGCGGCCCAUUACUUCCAGGGAAACCGUGCCGUCCUCGACAACCUCCCUGUAAUGGUACGCAUGAGCUUCACCCCAUCCUCAGAUCGUAGCGCGGCAAAGCGCACCGCCAAAUCCCGGAAUAGCCGUCGAUGGGCAGUUCACGAUCAGUCGGAUGAAGAAUAUUAG